UCGGAAGCAGGACGGCGAGUCGCUUAUAUUUAUCGAGAGGCGUAUUGAGAUGUCCGAAUUAUGAAUGGAUACUUACCUACCUCCUGUGUAUUAGGUACCAGGUUUGUAGGUAGUUAAAAGGGGUAUGCUGUCAUCUAAACGCGUUUGGAAAGCUGUUCUUUGUACUCGCCGAGGCCAUCGUAACUAGAAGUCCAGAGCAGCAGGAUUAGGCCAAAAUCCGGGGAGGGGUCCGUACCGGAGCGCAAUAGACUAUGCUCUUCUUGGCAUUAUCUCCAUUCGAAAACGGGAUAGAGAUAGGCGUCGAUUGCGUAACCGACUAGCCUUUGACAAGGGCCGACUAGGUACCUAUUCUUGAGGGGAGAGCCGAAUCUUGGAAAAGUUGUUUUAUCAUGAUGGAAUGAACUUGGAUUUGGAUGUUUUUUUUUUCAUCGAAGAUUAUUCUCUCUCGCGGAUUCCUUCAUUCCAGAAUGAGUACCUACCUAGGUAGCUUAGGUAUUCAAUAGUUCGAGAAGGACUUAUAUCAGGAUUGACAAAGGAGGCAGCGCGAAUAGGAACAAGAAAUAAUGAAUUUGGAGCAGUCACAACCUCAGCCCCCACAGGACCUCGACCUACAGCACCAGAAGAAUCAGGCGCAACUUGAUCUCUUCAACCGAACAUGGCCCCGAGCUCGAAUUGUCUUGAUAUCGCUAUCAACGGCGUUCUGCAUCAUCGUGCUAGGUAUUUCGAUCGCGCUUGCCGCCGAUUCCGCGAUUAGGAGCUACGUCGUUGUCUGGACCGCCCCGCAAGCAGGUGCGGCUCUGCUCUGGUCCGGUAUCGAGGUCGUUACGGCAUAUACGGGAGGAAAGGACCGUCGGGAUAUCCACCCGGGUGCCCAUGUGGCCGUGCAGCUGCUUCUCUGGUUAGGUUUCGGUGCCGGAAUAGGGUUAACGGCCUGCAUCCUAGGAUUCGCCCUUUCCUUCGACGUCUUCGACCCCUAUCCGGAAAACUAUGAUUAUUAUGGAAGACAUGGAUACAAGUACUAUAACGAGUAUUAUGUCCGCUCCAUGGAGGUUGUCGUAGCACUUUUGGGUCUGUUGAUCAUUGUACACUUCCUGCUCUUCGCCGGCGCCUGUGUGGAAACAUUUAGACGUCAAGGGACGAAAAGUACGACGGCUAUCGAUGCAACACCUGAGCGCUCCGAACGUCCAACACAGCAGCUAGAAUUGGCUCAGCUGUCGCCGAAGGACGAGAAGGAGGAAAUCCGGCCUAAUACCAUGUAACCGAUUUCGGUGUUGGAGAUAUAUUCUAGCCGCUGGUGAGGAAUAUUGGAUAUUAUA